UCUAUAAAAGUAAACCCAAGACCCCCCAAUUCUCUUCAUCGAUCUCACUCCUCUCUCUCUCUCUCUCUCUUCGUUCCCAAAUCUCCCUUCCGUUUGAAUUUUGAUACAAACAUUGCCAAAGGGGUCUUACCAGGGAUUUAUCAAUUUCUAUUUUUUUUUCAAAUUCAUAAAUUCCCUCCAUAUCCUCAACCUUCUUCACUCUCUCAAACCCUAACCCUACUUGCCUCUCCUUCCUCCUCUAGGGUUUCGCGAUAUUUCGCUCAAUCUGAAUCCAAACUCUGCUCGUUUACUUCUGAUUCGUGUUCCGGAGUCUUUGAAUCGCUGCAAGGCUCCGAGAAUUGCGUUUAUUUCACUCCAAUUUCUAACAACCUCUCGCUGCUUCUCUUUCUGGGUUUUUUCUAGGGUUUCUCAGUGUCAGCUGGGUAGAGUCCUCCUAUUUUCUUUCGCUUUUAUAUGUUUUUGUUUGACUGCCGAGAAAACGAGGGAAAGGGAGGGAAGAUGCGCGGGUUUUUGCAGGAACAGGCUCAUGGGUCGAAUGAUUUGAGGGUUAGAGAAAAAGCUGAGUGAAUGAUUUGAAUAUGAGCCUUGAAUAUGAGCCAUGGAGAAGCGGACAGUAGCAGCAGAGUGAAUGAACCCAGUAGCGAAGCGCCGAGAAGAGAAGGAGGAGGAGGAGCCGAUGAGUUUGGCCGAGCCAUAUCUACGGUUGCGGUGGCGCAGAUAUGCGAGAGCGUUGGGUUUCAGAGCUUCAAGGAGUCUGCUCUGGACGCUCUCGCCGACAUUGCCAUCAGAUACCUCCGUGACUUAGGGAAGAUGUCAAGCUUUUAUGCUAACUUGGCUGGCAGAACCGAAUGCAAUGUGUUUGAUAUUAUUAGAGGGUUGGAGGAUUUGGAGUCACUGCAAGGGUUCUUGGGUGCUGCUGAGGUCAGUCAUUGUCUUGCAGGGUCUGGGAUAGUGAGAGGCAUUGUUGAGUAUGUGGGUUCGGCUGAGGAGAUCCCAUUUGCACAGCCAUUGCCUCGGUUUCCGGUGAUCAAGCAGCGGAGAUUAAUUCCGAGUUUCGAGCAAAUGGGGGAGGCGCCACAGAGUAAACAUUUGCCCAAUUGGUUGCCGGCUUUCCCUGAUCCACACACUUACAUUCAAACACCAAUGUGGAAUGAGAGGAAGACCGAUCCCCGAGAAGAUAAAAUCGGAUGUGAGGCUGCAAAAGAAGGGUACUGGGAGACCAGCGUAUUGGUUUGGGCGAGAUGAGGAGAGGGAUGACAAGAAGAGAAGAGCCGAGUUUAUUCUUAGACAAUCUAUGGAAAACCCACAGGAACUCACUCAGUUGUAGAUUAAUUUUAUUGACUGGUUUUCUUCAUGGAAGCUCUUAGCACCUAGGGAUUUAGCAGUGGGCUAUGGAGGCUCAAAGUAGAGGCUGUACUUGUUGUUCUAGUAUACUCUAGUUUUAGUCCCACUCUUACAAUUUUUUUCAGAGGUAUGUGAAUGUUUUCUUUCAAUUCCAUGUUUACCCUUUUUCUCUGUGAACCAUUCUUCUAGGAUGAAGAUUUUAUUUUGUUUUCCCCCACCAGCUGAUAUUUUGUAUCAACACAUUGAAUUCUAAUAUUGAGAUCUCCUUUUGAGCU